CAUUCAAAACGAAAAUGUCGAACGUAAUGACUUUUCAUUAUGAAUUGUGAUUGUGAACAACGGCAGAGUUCAGUGAGUUAGGAUUUAAGCACUUUUUAAGCUAAAAUAAAGAAGUAAGUUUUAAACUUGCCUCAUUCGACGAGUGACUUAAACAAGUUUAUAUUGAAUGCUUUGGAAUUAACGUUAAUGCAAGUGUUUCUGAGAUAUAAAAACCCAACUGUAGCAGUGACUAGAGGAAAAUUGCACUCCAUUUUCCAUUGUGCUGAGCUGAUGAACUUCCUAGGGUUACGUGAGUAUUAGUUGAGGUUGGACACGUAGUGUUGGCCUAGAGGAAUUUUUUUCGCAAUUGGUCGUGCUAGAUAUAGUUUGGUUUAAGUCCGGGCUCAGGUGCUAAAGUAAUUCGAUUGAAAAGCGGAAAAAAUGGAUGACGAAAGCAGCGACAGUUUGGAUUCCAGCAGAAUAAAACGGAAUGAGAGAAUCGAAAAGUUGGGAUUCCGCCCGCAGAAAGAAUUGUUCUGCAACAAAUUUCUCCCGUAUGCAGAUCGAUUGGACGAUGAAUCGCAGGCUAUGUUGGAAAACAUAAAAAAUAAUUUGGGAAAAGCUGCAGCCAUGAGAGAAAUAACUCCGGGAGUAGCGAUUUAUGUAUCUAGGCUAACUAAGUACAUCAAACUGUAUGGCAUGAAGUUUUCUAAGGAAGACCAUAUCAAAUUUGUGAAAUUGUUAUUGGAACUUAUCAGCAUUCCAAACCUAGAACCAGAUAAAGUUAACAAAUUUUGCUAUGCUCUAACUGUUUUGUUAAGAAAACCAGAAUGGCUCAGUCCAGAUGACAUACAGAUCGAUUGGCGUCCGCUGUACAAAUUGAGUAAUCUAAUUCUCAACAAAAAUUGCAACAAAGGAGAUCUUUAUCGUUGUUUUGCGAAGAACAGAAACACCACCAACACUGACACGCAACAGUCUCCUCUGGCUCAACUGCUAGCAUUGGCGAAGGACAUGGGGUACGAUGUGCCUUCGAUGCUGACCGAACGUGGGCAAAUUCUUGGAGAUGCACAGAUUCCUUCCCUCGAAACCAAUCUUCAAUUUGCUAUUCAAUAUUGUGCACCCUACUUUCCACGCUCGACAACACAGGACAUUCUUGAUGAGCUUCUGCCCAAGCUGCAACCGUUGGACACAGGAAGAGCUAUCGAUACGUUUGGCAUGCUGCAUAUUUUCCUCAGCUGUGAGCACGAUUACGACUUGUGGUUCGAUAAAUUUAUAACCAUCUGGGAUGCAUAUCACAAUCCACCGUGGAGCAUUGACAUGAUGACUAUUUUUGCAACGGUUGGCUUCAAGAAUAUUGGAUACAUCGACUGGGAACCGUACAUCCCGACUAUGUUUGCUCGAAUACUGCGUUCCAUCGAUUUUCCUGUUAGUUACAAAAGUACAAAAAGCUCAAAACUUCAAAGUUUGGCACCACAAUCUAUUGCCAUUUGGAUUGUGUCAGUUCUGGGACCGCGCAGCUCGGCGCAGCAAUAUUUGGGAAAAUUUAUGGCUACAAUCGAGUCUUAUCUGCAUCCGGCAAACAUGGGUAAAUGGGUAUCAAUGCUAGGAGAGAUUCUAGUGCAGCUGCCUAAAUAUUUCUUCGAUCGGUUAAUUUUGGAGCGAUAUCGAAAGCAUCCUUAUCGGCGACCUAUUCCUGAAAGCCAUAAAUUGACUGAGGAUUGUAUCACCGCGUUUGUAGAGUGUCUCAAGCCGGUCGCGUUUCAGGCCAUGUAUUCUAGAAUGAAUCCACAAGAUGUCGGCAAAAUUUUCCAGCACUUGGCAGAUUUGAGACCGGAACUGAUCAUUCCCACUAUUAUUGACCGAGUGUAUGCAAGUUUGGAUUCAUUAACAGAACCGCACAAAAUGACUGCCGCUCUACAAAGUCUAAUAGGCGUUUCGAGAGCGCUGGUUUCCGGCCACAAAGGGUAUACGGAAGGUCGUAAUCACGUUAUCCCUAUCUUCUUUGCUACGCUCCCUGGUAUUGACCCCAACGAUUUUAGGAAGACAUCAAUUACAUUCCAUUUUCUAACAUCGAUAUCUUUCCUCAUUCCGAUCGUAGACUGUUCAAAAGCCGGACAGCACUACGAGCUGACGGAAGAUGAACGGCUGCUUUGUGAGCAAACAGCGGAUUUCGAAAGCUUUGUGUUGCAGUAUAUGGAUAGGAUAUUCAUGCUGAUUGAAAGUAGUUCGGUUGACAAUGUACGGAUGGAACAAUCGGACUCAGACUCGAUGCGAUCAAAGAUGGAAUCGAUAUCCGAAGCAUUGGUUCAGGCGUGUACACAUGGGAUUUUAGGUCAAUGCUCACAGGAUAUACUUGAUGCUUCCUCGAAAAAAUUGAUUGAUUAUAUCAAAACGCGUCUUUUGGAACCGAAAGUUGCGGGGCAAUUAGUGGGAUGUUUGGUUCGUGUCUUCGCUCGAAUUCAUGGAAAGGAAGUGCUGCGGUCGCUGAUGCCUUAUGUUAUACAAACGAUCGACAGAUAUAUGGAAGAUCAUGAAGAUAUUGCCGAGGUGGAAAAGCAAAGCGACGAAAUGCUUUACUACAUGCUACUUUUGACUAAUAUGAUGCGCGGAGAUCCAAAAGAGGUAGUAAAGUACGUGGAUAACGUUCUACCUAUUCUGGAUAAGCUGCUGAAGUUUAAGUGCAAGCAAGCCAACAAGUACGGGUCAACUUUGCUAGCUAACUUGAUGAGCAAUCUGUCCACGAUGCAAACUCUCGAUGUUAAAAAUAGUCCAGAUAGUUUCGAAAAGCCGUUGUCUCAAUUUUUACCGAUUCGAAGCUGGGGUGAGAAAAUGCCACCGGAUGGUAAAAUCAAUUGGUGUUUUCCGGAUCAGACAUCGUUGAAAGUGUGUGAAAAAUUGAUGCACCGUUACUUGAUUCCAAUUUUGGAUAAUUUCCGGAAAUAUUGCGCUGAUGAACUGGAGAUUUCCCGUGACGAUAUAAAUCGCGAUGUUACGAUAAUCCAGUCAUUGAUACGGUGUUCCAAUUUUCUACCCAAUUGGGAUGAUGAGGAACCGCUGAAGCUGUUUGAUUCAUGUUUGGAUCGGAAGGAGAUGAAAUGGGUAGUUUCGAGAGGAUUUGAUGAUUUGAUAAUUAACAUGCCGGACGGCUCGAACGUUCGAAAGGCGGUGAUACGGUCGAUAAGUGCGUUGCAGCGGAAAAUCUUAGAAAAAUCGGAGGACGAUAUAAAAUCACUUAAGUCGAUUUUGAUGUUAUACGAAAGAAUUUUCAUCCGGAAACACUCGAACAGCUCUUUUGAUAACCAGGUGAAGAAUUUUAAUAACACCAAAAAAUUCCAAACCUAUCGUCUUACGCGAUUUAAGCGAGAUGUUCGCGCGGUUGUCGCAACUAGAGUUAUAAUGCAACAGGAUUGUCGGGAUGAAAUGGACCAACCGCUGUUUUCAGCAACUCAUCUGGAAGUGAUGUUAAACCUUUUAGAAUUGUCUACUUCUCAUUACAGUAGUGUUCGUGCAACAGCUCAGAGUAAACUGUUUAGUAUGCUUUCCACUUUUUCAUUUAGCUACAAAUUUCUGUCAGAUAAAAUAGUAGAGCAUUUGCAGAUGGACUCUAAUGAACAUCACGAACGAUUCAAAGGAAUGUUGUUCAUUUUGGUAUCCAAUCGUAGAUCGCGAAUAGUUAUCAAACAUGACUGGGAAUUUCUCAGCAAAGUUUGGACUAGUUUGUUACAAUCUAAACUUUCAGAGAAGCCAUCAGUAGUAAAAUUGUUGGAUGCCAUAACGGAUGUGAUCAAUAAUGAAUUUCCCACGACGACUACAGAGCUGGAUGUUCCAGACGGCUGUGUUCAGUGUGGAUUAGCACUUAGGACUCGCGAGGAACCGUUAGAUUUGGAAGCAGGGAGACAAGCACGAAUAGCGAAAAAUAAAAAAAAUAUACAAAUGUAUUAUGACCUCGUAGCGCGAAUCCUCACUAUUGUGGAGAACGAUAAACUUCACUGGCGAUACCAUUAUAUGGCGUCCUCGAUGUUAUACAAUUUGGUACAUCCCCUGACGAACUAUCCUGCGUCGGUAGCACGAUUUGCUGUUAACAAUUUGAUCCACGAUUCGUUGGAUGAACGGAAAAUGGCAAUUUGUUUGCUCAAUCACGUAUUGCGUCAACAGAAACGUGAACAUGGAAAAAUUGCUAUCAGUCCGUACACUAUAGCGGGUCUUGCGGCGGAGAAGGUCCCUGCAAAUGGUUCCAAUGUAACUCCAGGAUACCGGGAAGAUAAUCAAUGGCUUCAGUAUGAUUUGAUGAAGGUGCCAAAAGAUCAGAAAGAGUGGGAUCAGCCGCGUUAUUUAUAUAAAACGGAUGGGUUCUUUGGCUGGAGUAGCAACUUUACUGUUUAUGCCCCAAGUCAUGACCAACCGAAAUUGGACAGAACACCUGAAGAAAUGAACGAAAGCGAGUGCAUUGUUUUUCGGUUUUUCGAACAGCAGGAAAACGUAGAUAAGUUUAUAAAAUUUUGGUCGCUGGAAGAAAAGAAAGGUCGCGACAAAUUUAACAGAAAUCGUUUCUGUCUUAUAAAGGGACUGAUGAACGCCUUUGGGGAUUUAUUCCUGGACCGAUUCCUGGUACAUUUGCGACCACUUAUUGAUGAUAAAGCAUCGGAAAGUAGUCAUAGGUGUGCCGCUGAGGUGAUGGCUGGAAUAAUGCGAGGGGCUAAACAUUGGCCCUACGAUAAAACAGCUAAAAUGUACGAGCAGCUAGUGCCACUAAUAAGACUUGCAUUAAACAACGUAACAGUAGAUACUGAUGUGUACUGGGGAACUUGUUUCGCUACAGCAGCAGAAAACAUGGAUCCCUCCAAGCAGCACUGGUUGCACGAGGUUCUGCUGGAAGAUCCAUUACAGGAAACCACAAGUUUCAUUGAUUGCAAUCGGUUAUAUUGCCUGCAAGGAGCUUUUAAUCAACAUGUUUGGAGAAUGACCAGUGUCGCUAAGCGGCUGCUAGAAUAUCUUAGGCCGUAUCUUAACCAUUCUUUCCAAAACGUACGUGAACGGCUAGGUAGUACUCUUAUUAACAUCUUCGAGGCCGAUUUGCGCUUCAACGGCCAGCGGGGAUUAGAACUGUCGCCGAAGACGACCGAUAUGAUAGACUAUGUAAUGCCAAAGCUUAGGGUCCUGCUAAGCGAAGAUCACCCGGUGAUUGUGUCCGAAAAAAUAGACGCGGGUGUUGAAGUUGUCACUGGAGAUACAACGAACAAGGAAGGCAGCGAAUACGAAGUAGCUGUGAGGCUGUUCAAAACAGUUGGUCAAUGGCUCACCUGUGCGAUUAACCGUUGUUCCAAUGGGAACGAAAUCGAGUACUUUGAGUUGUUACCGAUUGCUUGCCGACUGGAGCGCUGUGAACAGGAUCAGGAGCUCGCAGAAAUCUGCACCACCCUACUGGCGAUGAUUUCCCAAGCACUUACAUUGGCGCCAUGCAUGGAUGCUGCUCUGAACAAGAUAUCCGACAUUUCGAAAAUGGCAUCGUGGUCGGCACGGCGAGCAGUGAUCGACGUGCUUCAGGUGUUGGUAUUUUACAAUAUGACAAUAAUUCUAAGCAAUGACCAGUGGAAAGCGAAAAUACAAGAAAUCGUUCUGCGUUUGUUGGAAGACAAUGUUGUGGAGGUGAGGGAGAAAGCAGCUGAGGUUCUUUGCGGCUUACUGCACUGUUGCUUCCUAACGGCUACCGAGGAACUCUUGGAACUGUUUAAGGAAAAAUGCCGUACAAAAAUGAUUAAAGCUAAAAGGUUGAGGGUAGCCCCAAGUUGUUCUAAUGAUGCAAACAAAAAUGACGGAUUGGAAGCAAACGCCGUUCGUGCGCGCCAUUCCGGUGUUCUCGGACUUUGUGCCUUUAUCUCUGCGUAUCCGUACGAAGUGCCCGAAUUUGUCCCGAUCGUAUUUGAGCAUUUGGGAGCUCAUCUAAAUGAUCCACAGCCGAUUCCAGCGACGAUACGUAAAACGAUGGGUGAUUUCAAACGAACACACCAUGAUAACUGGGAGCUACAUCAGCUUAAAUUUACUGAAGAUCAGCUUGCUGUACUGAGUGAUUUGACGAUUCCACCAUCAUAUUAUGCGUAAAAAGCCAGUUCUGCUUAUGUAUAGAGUAAACCAGUUGAGUUUAAUAAUUUACAGAUGAAGUUUUUUUAAUGAUUUAAUUGUUCAAAGUAUUUGAUAAAAACAACAUUUUAUUGGUUUGCACACCACACGAUGCCAAAUGUGAUGUGAUUUUUACUGUGUAGUAUUUUUUUUCUUUAGGUGGAGAAUAAAGUUUUUUUUCGCGGUUGAGUAA